GCAGGGAUGCCGGCUGCACUGUGAGCUCGGGCGCUAGGGCCAUGGCCGGCGCCCGCUGCCGGACCUUGUACCCCUUCUCCGGGGAGCGGCACGGCCAGGGGCUGCGCUUCGCUGCGGGCGAGUUGCUCACUCUGCUCCAGGUCCCGGACGGCGGCUGGUGGGAAGGCGAGAAGGACGACGGGCUCCGUGGCUGGUUCCCCGCCAGCUACGUGCAACUGCUGGAGAAGCCUGGGAUGGUCCCCCCUCCGCCGGGAGAGGAGAGCCAGACGGUCAUCCUUCCACCUGGCUGGCACAGCUACUUGUCCCCUCAGGGCCGCCGUUACUAUGUCAACACGACUACCAAUGAGACCACCUGGGAACGGCCCAGCAGUUCUCCUGGGAUUUCAGCCAGCCCUGGCCCUCACAGGAGCUCUCUGCCUCCAACAGUGAAUGGAUACCACGCAUCAGGGACCCCGGCGCACCCUCCAGAGACUGCCCACAUGAGUCUCCGAAAAUCCACCGGUGAUUCCCAGAACCUGGGAUCCUCCUCGCCAGGCAAAAAGCAGAGCAAGGAAAACACCAUCACCAUCAACUGUGUGACAUUCCCUCACCCAGACACAAUGCCUGAACAGCAGCUGCUCAAGCCAACUGAGUGGAGCUAUUGUGAUUACUUCUGGGCGGAUAAGAAGGACCCGCAAGGCAAUGGCACGGUGGCUGGGUUUGAAUUGCUGCUGCAGAAGCAACUGAAAGGCAAGCAGAUGCAGAAGGAGAUGUCUGAGUUCAUCCGGGAAAGGAUAAAGAUUGAAGAGGAAUAUGCAAAGAACCUGGCUAAGCUCUCGCAGAACUCCUUGGCUGCCCAGGAGGAAGGCUCCCUGGGAGAGGCGUGGGCCCAAGUGAAGAAGAGUCUGGCCGACGAAGCUGAGGUUCAUCUCAAGUUCUCCGCCAAGCUCCACAGUGAGGUGGAGAAACCACUGAUGAACUUCCGAGAGAACUUCAAGAAGGACAUGAAAAAGUGUGACCACCAUAUCGCUGACCUCCGCAAGCAGCUGGCCAGCCGCUACGCCUCAGUGGAGAAGGCCCGCAAAGCCCUCACAGAGCGGCAGAAGGACCUGGAGAUGAAGACCCAGCAGCUGGAGAUCAAGCUGAGCAACAAGACCGAGGAGGACAUCAAGAAGGCGCGGCGGAAGUCCACUCAGGCUGGCGAUGACCUCAUGCGCUGCGUGGACCUCUACAACCAGGCCCAGUCCAAGUGGUUUGAAGAGAUGGUGACGACCACAUUGGAGCUGGAGCGGCUGGAGGUGGAGAGGGUGGAGAUGAUCCGACAACAUCUGUGCCAGUACACACAGCUGCGGCAUGAGACAGACAUGUUCAACCAAAGCACAGUCGAGCCUGUGGACCAGCUGCUGAGAAAAGUGGACCCAGCCAAAGACAGGGAGCUCUGGGUCAGAGAGCACAAAACGGGCAACAUUCGCCCAGUGGACAUGGAGAUCUAGACGCGCCUGGUGUGGUCCUGGGGGUCCUGCUGAGGAGAGGGGCUGGAGGUCCCACGGAGGAGUGGAUUUGCCCUAUUACCUGCUGACCUGUCCACAGAGGAGAAAAAGAGCCGGUGAUUCUAGAAAGAGGACCCAGCCAGGGGCUCCCCAAUAUUCCCAGGCCCUAAAGAUGGACCCGCAGCCCUGACUCCAUCUCGAAGACCGAAGCCUCCCCUCCAACUCCCAUGUUGUGCUUGUCACUAGAGGCUAGAACCCUGGGAUCCUGCUGAGUUCCACCGGGGUGGUCAUCCCAUGCCUGGGCCCCGGGUAUCCAGAGCCUGUCCUCCAGCUGGCUUCUCAUCUCCAGGGCUACGGAAGAGGAAGGGAGGGAGGUCUCUGUCUCCAAACAAUGUCAGAACCAGAAUCAAGGAUAGGAGGCACAGAGCAGUUCACAGCCCGCAUCCAUAACUUUUUUUCAGUCCUCCCUACUUUCCCCCAUUGCAUUCUGGGAGCCCACAUCUAUUUUUUCAUCCCCCA